AUGGCCAGACAACAGCAGCAACAACAAACCAAUAACAGCAUCAAGCCCGUAUACAAUCAAUGCAAAAAAAACGGCUCGUUGACCAUUGUUAUCAAGCUGGGCACAUCUUCCAUCUGCGAUGAGGUUACACAUUUUCCUUUGCUCUCGACCCUUUCAAUGAUCGUCGAGACGAUCCUCAAACUUAAAUCAUUGGGACAUCGAGUGAUUCUUGUCACCAGUGGUGCCAUUGGUGUUGGUCUACGACGUCUGAACUUGCCAUCCAAACCAAAGGAUCUUGCCCAAGUUCAGGCUAUUGCGGCUGUAGGUCAAGGACGAUUGAUGAGUAUGUACGAUGACUUGUUCAGCCAAUUCAAUCAGCCUAUUGCCCAGAUCUUGUUGACUAAGAACGACAUUGCAGACCGAACACAGUACUUGAAUGCCUGCAAUACAUUGGAUUCCUUGAUGGAAAUGGGUGUGGUACCAAUUGUGAAUGAGAAUGAUACGAUCAGUGUUUCUGAGAUUCGAUUUGGUGAUAACGACACGCUGUCAGCGAUCACAGCGGGUAUGGUUCAUGCAGAUUAUCUGUUCCUGAUGACAGAUGUUGACUGUCUCUACACAGACAAUCCUCGUGUCAACCCAGAUGCCAAGCCGGUCUUGGUUGUUGAUGACAUUGCAGCAUUGAAGGAAAAAGUGUCUGUGACUACACCAGGAUCAUCACUUGGAACAGGAGGAAUGAUUACAAAGCUCAUUGCAGCAGAACUGGCGACUGCAGCAGGAGUGACGACUGUGAUCGCUCGUGGAUCCACACCUCAACGUAUUUUUGACAUUAUUACUCUACCUAUUCAGCGUACAGGAUCAGCAUCGCCCAAGCUUGAUGGUGAUUCAUUAAUCACUCAAGCAUAUGAUUCAACCAUUCCACUUCAUACCCGAUUCCUUGCCAAGGAUAAUCCUUUGGUAGACCGCAAAUGGUGGAUCUUGCAUGGACUGCAUGCUGCAGGCACUAUUUACAUUGACAGUGGAGCCUACAAGGCCAUCACAAAGGCUACUCAAAAGUCGUCACUGUUCGCAGCGGGUAUUGUGGACUGCAAAGGCAGCUUUGUAGCUCAACAAAGUGUUCGAAUUGUUUAUAGACCUAGAGACUUUAUCAAGAGAGAUGGGGGAGGUAAUGGAUUGUCAACAGCAGAAGGAUCAGAAGCAGAAGGAGAUCACAAUGAACCUGAAGAAAUUGAGGUGGGCAAAGGUUUAGUCAACUAUGCCAGCCACGAGAUCCUGAGGAUCAUGGGAUGCCAGAGCAGUCAGAUCAUUGAGCGUCUGGGAUAUGCAGAUGCUGAAUGUGUCAUCCAUCGUGAGAACAUGACGCGAACCAAGCUCACCAAGCCUUAA